UGAAGAGCGGGAGGCCGAGAUUUUGAAGGGGAGUGUCAGUGUGAAGCAAACUAGUUUACCCAGGAGCGUUAUUUGAUGGUGUAAAUUUGGAAGAGAACAAUCAUGGUGCAUCUCUCCUCGAAUCUUUACAAAUAUUAUCACCGGGGGUUUGUGUGUAUACGCCUGGCUUUGGGCGGCUGUACAAAUCGACCCUUCUAUCGAAUUGUUGCAGCGCACAACAAGAGGGCCAGGGAUGGCAAAUAUCUGGAGCAGCUCGGCUCAUAUGACCCGAUGCCAAACAUCUUCAAUGAGAAAUUAGUCAGUUUUAACUUCGAGAGGAUCAAGUAUUGGCUGGCCUGCGGGGCGCAUAUGACAAAGCCUGUUGAAAAACUAUUAGGUCUAUCUGGGUUUUUCCCCCUGCACCCCAUGACUGUGACUGGGGCAGAGCGAUUUCACAAGAAGGCAGCACUAAUGGCUCAAAUGGAGUCCAAGGAAGAGCCUGUGGAAACUACAGAGGAUGAGCAGCCGAGCAGCUAAUCCCCAGAGUUAGCAGUGCUGGAUAUGGACAUUAACAGCUGCCACAGCUUCACUGAGUAUCAUCUGUAACAAGCCCAGGAAAAACUGUUUACCAGAUUCUAGCCAGUGCCCCCAUGACAGCAAAGAGUGACCUGGAGCUUAAUUGCUUCCAAUUAAGACAGUUGUAGAGAGAAAAUUUUAAAACUGUGACCUUCAAUAUUAACAAAAUCCGAAAUUGCUGGACAAACUCAGCAAGUCUGGCAGGAUCUGUGGUAAAGAAAGCAAUUAGUGUUUUGAGCUGUUGCCAGACCUGCUGAGUUUCUCCAGCAUUUCUUUUAUCUGUUUCAGCUCUCCGUCGCCCACAGUGCUUUGCUUAAUGUUUUGACCUUUUUAAUAUUAUGUAGCUCCCAGUUUCAACUUUGUUAGACAUUUCUGUAUGCAGUCUUCAAACACAAACCAGUUUAGGAAUGGUAAGGUUUAAGGUGGGUGUGUUUGUUUGAUCAAGUGAUGAUGGGAUUAUCCCUUAUUCCUGUUGGAGCUGACUGAACCCCACUGAGAGUAAUAAUUUGUUGGGACUUUAAAUUUAACAUUUUGUUGCUGCUGUCUGUGAUUCCUUGAAGUAUUCCAAUUGCUUCUGCUCAUCCGUCCCUUCUUUCCUCAUUCCUCAACCUUUAGCCCAGCUUCCUUUUCCAUCCGCGCAUCACCCUCUGUGAAAAUGUUGCCCCUUGGGUCCCUUUUUUAUCAUUCCCCUCUCAUCCUAAACCUAUGUCCUCUAGUUCUGGACUCCCCCACUCCAGGGCAAAUACUUGUCUAUUUAUCCUAUCCAAGCCCCUCAUGAUUUUAUAAACCUCUAUAAAGUCACCCCUCAGCCUCCAAUGCCCCAGGGAAAACAGCCCCGUGUCUCCCAGCAUAAUGCCAAAGUAUGAAAUUCCAACCUGUUUAAGAAUGGGCAGUGCUUAGUGUGACCUAGUUGCUGCCCAGCUUGUGUGCAGCAGCUUGUCUUGUGGUGAGACAGGUUCAUAUGUUCUGUAGUGAACAUGGCCUCUGUUUCUAGGGAUGAGUUAUGAUGUCCCAUCCUCCAUUCUAUAGUCAUGUUUUUUUUUUGAAGCUACCAAGCCUGACAUUUGAAAUUGAGGCUGGAUUACUGGACUGGCAAUCACUAAUGCUUGGCACCUGUUGCCAACCCACAGUGUCUGGCCUUUGUUUGUUUGUUUGCUUUUCUGACUGGUUUGAGCCAUGAGAUGUUGCUUCCACCAUCAAAAAUGGUUUUGCAAUUGACACGUGACAGAAUCAAUGGCUCUCCCAGGAACCACAGGAUUUCCAGUGAGUUGCUGGAUUUUGUGACUGAAGUUCAAAAGGGCUAUGUAAUAACUUGCAAUCAAACUUCAGAAUAAACCUCUGCUCUCCUGACCCCAUAAAUUACCCCCUCUGCAGCACUCUUGAAAGAAAAGCGGCAACUCGAGAAGAAAAUGGAAUUUGCUGCGUCUGCUGUGCUCAAUGUGAACACUGUCAUCUGAGUCAAAAUCAAAACCAGAGGCUUUAGCACAGUGCAGGCUGUGUGUGCAGCAUUUAGACUCUGGGGCCAUCACUGCCGCAGCAGUCCUCCUCGUGCCUGCUGUUCUCUCGUGCACUAACUCUUCGGUGAUGGGGUACAGGGAUACAGAUGGGGACAGUAGCCUGGCUGGGAAUUGUUCCCAGAACCGAUUUGUCUUUCUGUUGCAACAGAGCCACUGGGUGGUUAGUGCAAAACUUGUAGUUGGAGUGUAAACAUUUUUUAGAAGCUUUUUUAAAAGCAAUUGGUAGCUGUCAAGGACCACUCUAUUCUGACAUUUUGAACAGUCUUCCUAUCGUAGUGAUCACUGUCAUUGCGUAAAACGUAAGAGGCUUUCAUCCAGCAGUUGAGGUGUAUGAGUCUUCUCUGAGCCAGGGUCUGUGGUCUGAGCAUGAAGUAUAAUAAGCCACCUCUGGAAAAGAUGGUUUUGAAUGCUUGUUACAUUUUCCCUUUUUGCUUAAUUAAUUCAACAAUUACUUAAAGACUGUUAUCUGAAUAAAUCCAGAACUAAUUUUAAACAAGUUGGUUUCCUUUGCAGGAAUAUUGGACCGAAAAUGGUAUUUUAAAAAAAACUGGAAAUAUGCAGCAGUUCAGACAGUAGCUGUGAGGAGAAACUGAGUGCAUGUCUCUGUUGAGAUGAAUUGAUCCUUUCUGAUGAGAGGUCAUCAGCCUGAGAUGUUAGUUCUGUUUCUCUCCACAUAUUCUGCCUGACCUGCUGAGUACUUUGUUUUUAUUUCUGAUUUCCAGUGUCUGCAGUGUUUUGCUUUUGUGACUAAAGUGAUAUGUUGUGAGCAUCUGUGGAGGAGGGGCUAGUAACAAAGGGUGGUGGGUAGUGGAAAGAUCACAAUGUCAAGUUGCACCAUCCUAAGUGAACGGUUGUCGAGUUUUAUUUUUUCCUUUUUAUUUACUUUACCAAACUGUAUAAAAUAUAAACAGCGAACAAUAAACAGCAGUUUAUAAGAAA